UCCUGUUUUGUUUUGGGAGCCAGAAGUUGGCCAGCGGUACUCCGCACGUGGUUAAAUUCAACAUGGCGGCCGCAGUUGCUGGAAGUCAACUGUUUUGUCCGUUUCGGGCUCUUGGAUUUGUGGCAAACCACGUUCCCUUGACCUUACAAACACAAGGAACAGAGACCCUUGUUACUACUGCUGUCGGAUCGGCCUUUCAUGUCUAUAAUUGUGCCAAGCUAAACCUGCUCUUUGUUGGAUUGCUGAAAUCUGGUGAAAUAACAUGUUUAUUAUCGCAUGGAGACUUGGUGAUCACAGGUUCUGGAAAUCAAAUUAUUUCCUGGAAAAGAGGAAAACAGGUGGCUGUAUUUGAGGGACACAAGAGUAACAUCCACUUUAUUUUUUCAUUUGGUUCACAUUUAAUUUCUGUUGAUGAAGAAAGCACAGUCAGAGUGUGGAUUGUUGAAACAACAGAAUUAUACCUUGAGAUGGAGUUUAAUUCCCAAAACUUUUACGUCACAUGUUUGAUGCACCCCAGUACGUAUCUGAAUAAGAUCUUACUGUGCAGUCGACAAGGCCAGAUGCAACUUUGGAAUAUCAAAACAAACAAACUCAUUUACACAUUUUCUGGAUGGUCAGAGUCCAUAAUAUCAGUCGAACAAGCUCCUGCAGUGGAUGUAGUAGGUGUGGGCUUGCAGAGUGGCAAGAUUAUCCUCCAUAACCUCAAGUUUGAUGAAGUUGUUAUGAGUUUUCAUCAAGAUUGGGGCCCAGUCACUGCUCUGACAUUCAGAACAGAUGGUAACCCUUUCAUGGCUUCAGCCAGCACAGAAGGCCAUAUUGCCCUUUGGGACUUGGAAAAACGUCAACUUUCAAGUACCUUGCGUGAUGCUCAUAAAGGCUCUGUCUGUGGCAUGAAAUUUCUUUCUUCUCAACCCCUCUUGGUCACCAACGGCCCUGAUAACUCUUUAAAGGUGUGGAUAUUUGACCAGCCUGAUGGGAGUGGCCGGCUCUUGAGGUCACGCUCAAGUCACAGUGCCCCACCCACUAAAGUGCGCUUCUAUGGCAGCCGUGGAGUUGACAUUCUUAGUGCAGGUUUGGACAGGAGUUUGAGGUUUAUAUCCACUAUCAAAGAUGCACGAAGCUGUGAAUUAUCUCAAGGUUCACUGACAAAGAAAUCCAAGAAUCGAGGAGUGCAGAUGGAAGAGUUGAAGUUAGCACCGAUUGUUGACUUUNUUCAGUCAGCUCAAACCCUGAAAUGUUUUCGGCAAAACGACUGCUUCAAGUUGUAAGGAAAAAAGCAAUUGAAUUAAGAUGAAUACCCACACCAUGUAAAUUCUCACAAUGUGUAUCAGCAGACUACAGCCAUGAGUUCCUGUGGUAACUUUGCCAUUACUGGGGAUGCCCAUGGUCACGUGGACAUGUUUAACAUUCAGUCAGGGAUUCACAGGGGAUGUCUGGGGACUCCAAAAGGUUGGUUGCUCUUACAAAAGCUUUGCUUGCCCCCCUGGCCCCCCUGGCCCUCUUUGCCCCCUCGCCCCCUGGUCAACAUGAGGGUGCCUACUUUUGAUAGUGCGCACACAUUCUGCACAUCACGCAAGGCAUGGUUUAAGUGCCACGUGUGUGCUAGGGUUGACAGUAACGCAAUCAACUAUGCGACCAAGUGCGAGAAACNGCAUUUCUCGCUUUUGUUGUCUUUACUGUACUGCGUAGAAACAUAUUACCUAAUUCGCUUCAUGUUUUCUUGUUUUCAGUUCUGGAACUUUAAAACUCGAAAACUCCUUCAGAUGUUAACAUUUGAAGUACCCAUUACCCAGAUUUUAUUACACAGAGACAGUUCGUUACUGGCAGUUUCUUUAGACAAUUUCGAAAUACAAAUUGUCGAUAUAGAUAUGAGGCGUAUUGUUAGGAUAUUCCGUGGACACACGAACAGAAUUACUGACAUGGCUUUUAGCCCAGACUCCCGUUGGUUAAUCACGGCGUCGAUGGAUGCGAGUGUGAGGACCUGGAAUCUACCAGCUGCUAGACUUAUAGACUGCUUCUUAUUGGGGUCACCUGUAACCAGUUUGGCCAUGUCGCCAAUAGCAGACUUCCUUGUCACCACGCAUGUAGAUGAUCUUGGUGUGUAUUUAUGGUCCAAUAAAACACUGUAUGAUGACGUAUCGUUGAUUCCUCUUCCUGCGGACUAUCAGCCAUCUGUUCAACAACUCCCUGGUACAGGGACUGGGCUUGACAAAGAAUUUGGCGACGAAAAGGAAUCAGCGACCACAGGUGGAGAGGAUAAAACCCCUGCUGCUGUCAACACGGCAAGUUAUAAGAGCCCUGAUCAACUAUCAGAUGAGCUGGUGACAUUGUCUCUUUUGCCUCAAUCAAGAUGGCGACAUCUUACCAGCUUAGAACUUAUAAAGAAAAGAAACAAGCCAAAAGAGCCGCCCAAAGCACCAAAAGCUGCGCCGUUUUUUCUACCCACCACACAAGAACUAGUUCCUAAAUUUCUUCAAACUGAUGAAGAUCAACCAGAUGACACGGAGGUCAAGUCCAAGAUACUGAACAUGACUCAGCUUCAACCGGACUCGGAAUUUCAAAAGCUUUUAAAGGAUUGUACGAGCGCUGAAAAUUAUGAACCUGUGCUUGAUUUACUCAAGUCUAUGGGACCAUCCUCUAUUGAUGCAGAGAUCCGCUCUCUUGGUCCAUCAGCUGGAGGAGAUAUCAAGCUCUUAGAGCUAUUUAUGCUGUUUAUAGAGCGUCAGAUAGGUUUACGCCGAGACUUUGAGUUCACAGAGGCUUUACUGGGGCUCUUUCUCAAACUCCAUGGACCUGCCCAAACAUUUCUAGAAACUGGGCAGCAAUAUCUCCUUGAGAAAAUCCUCACCAAUGUGUUUAUCUUAUUACAUGUCAGGUCCAAUAAAACACUGUAUGAUGACGUAUCGUUGAUUCCUCUUCCUGCGGACUAUCAGCCAUCUGUUCAACAACUCCCUGGUACAGGGACUGGGCUUGACAAAGAAUUUGGCGACGAAAAGGAAUCAGCGACCACAGGUGGAGAGGAUAAAACCCCUGCUGCUGUCAACACGGCAAGUUAUAAGAGCCCUGAUCAACUAUCAGAUGAGCUGGUGACAUUGUCUCUUUUGCCUCAAUCAAGAUGGCGACAUCUUACCAGCUUAGAACUUAUAAAGAAAAGAAACAAGCCAAAAGAGCCGCCCAAAGCACCAAAAGCUGCGCCGUUUUUUCUACCCACCACACAAGAACUAGUUCCUAAAUUUCUUCAAACUGAUGAAGAUCAACCAGAUGACACGGAGGUCAAGUCCAAGAUACUGAACAUGACUCAGCUUCAACCGGACUCGGAAUUUCAAAAGCUUUUAAAGGAUUGUACGAGCGCUGAAAAUUAUGAACCUGUGCUUGAUUUACUCAAGUCUAUGGGACCAUCCUCUAUUGAUGCAGAGAUCCGCUCUCUUGGUCCAUCAGCUGGAGGAGAUAUCAAGCUCUUAGAGCUAUUUAUGCUGUUUAUAGAGCGUCAGAUAGGUUUACGCCGAGACUUUGAGUUCACAGAGGCUUUACUGGGGCUCUUUCUGAAA